CGCCAUGAAGGCGUUCGUGCAGCGCUGCUUCUCGGCGUGCUCCUCGGAGGAGGACAAGGACCGCACGGAGCAGCUGCUCAAGGAGCUGCUCCAGGCCCGGCUGCAGGACGGCUCCGCCUACAGCAUCGACUGGAGCCGGGAGCCGCUGCCGGGGUUGGGCCGCGACAGCAGCCCCAAGAAGAAGCGCUGGGAAGCGGCGCAUCCGGCAUCGCCGUCGGCCGGCGCCGGCUCCGCGGCGGUGCCGCGCGGGAUCCUCGGAGCGCCCCGCGCCGGAGCCUCCGGAGCGGCCGCGCGGCCCCGCGGCGCCUUCGGCACCAAGUUCGGCAACCGGAACGUUUUCCUCAAGGAGAACAGCUCCUCGUCCAGCGGCGGCUCCCGCUCCCGCUCCCGCUCCUCCUCCCGCUCGCCCGCCCACCGCUUCCGGCGCAGCGCUUCCCACUCGGAUUCCGAGAGCUCCGUGUCGGGCGCCGAGGGCCGGGGGGGGCCGCGCCGGGCGCCCCGGAGCCGGGGACGGGGCGGCCACUCGGAGCGGGGCCGGGGCCGCCCGCCCCGCGGCAAGAGGCAGGAGCAGGGCCCUUCCAAGCGGAACCGCAAGCGGCUGCCCAUGGAAUACGAGGACCCGGAGAAGGAAUUCAAGAAGCAGCGGCGGGCGGCGCGAUUCCAGGGCGGGAAGAAGCUGCGGCCGGAGCCGCUCGUGCUGCCGCUCGGAAGCGCCGGAGCCUCUGGAGCGGCCGCUUCCGAAGGCCUCGACUGGACGGAGCUGCAGAUCCUGGGAACCUGCCAGGACGUCACCAAGCGCUACCUGCGCCUCACGGGAGCGCCGGAUCCCGCCACCGUGCGCCCCGUGCCGGUGCUGCGGAAGUCGCUGAGCCUGGUGAAGGCCCAUUGGAAGGAGAAGCAGGAUUACGCCUUCGCCUGCGAGCAGAUGAAGUCCAUCCGGCAGGAUCUGACGGUGCAGGGCGUCCGCACGGAAUUCACGGUGGAAGUUUAUGAGACCCACGCACGGAUCGCGCUGGAGAAGGGCGACCACGAGGAGUUCAACCAGUGCCAGGCGCAGCUCAAGUCGCUCUACGGGGACAACCUACCGGGCAACGUGGGCGAGUUCACGGCCUACCGCAUCCUCUACUACAUGUUCACGCGCAACUCGGGCGACAUCACCACGGAGCUGGCCUUCCUGUCGCCGGAGCUGCGGGCCGACCCGUGCGUGGCCCACGCGCUGGCCCUGCGCGCCGCCUGGGCCCUCUCCAACUACCACCGCUUCUUCCGCCUCUACCGCUGCGCGCCCCGCAUGGCCGGCCACCUCAUCGACAAGUUCGUCGAGCGCGAGCGCCGCGCCGCCCUGCGCGCCAUGAUCAAGACGUAU